AUGGCGCACAGCAUAUCCAAUAGAUGGCGAAUUAAAGAGUUGUUUUUUGUCAUUGUUGCAUUGUUGGCCAUGAUCGGCGUAUCUGCGCUACUCACUUUGGUACCUAUAUCAACUCAGACCACGGCAGCAGGGACGUAUCAAAGCGAUAUUCUGAACGGGAAACAAGAUGGAAUCUUCUUCCUGGGGCACAUUUUUGAAAUUGAUAUUCCUGGGCGAACAUUCGAAGUACAGUGGGUUGUCGGAGCAUGCGGACGCUUCCUCUUAACACCAGCGGAGACGUAUGAUGCAAGCCAAUCUCCCUGCGGACUGCCGAAUGUGCCUCUGAAUAUAUACAUUGACAAUAACCUGGAAAACACGUACGAUCCGCAAGACCUUUACCAAUUGGACAAACGUUCCAACAAAACUACUGGAUUCGUACAUUUCAUGAAGACGCAUUCCAUUGACAUCGCAACCGCCCAAUUAGGCUCCAAACGCGUCUAUGACCAACUCUUUUGGUAUCCAUUCGACUUUUACCACAGCGGCUCCGACUUCUUCGUCAUCAACACCAACGACAACACCUCGCUGCCGAUUAUCAAGGCCGUGUUCGCUGACCCUGUCAACAACUUUGCACCGCAGUCAAUAGAGACGCCAACAGAGUCCAUCGUGAACGGGACGCUGAUCCAGUCCCGCAAUACGUUCCUGGGUCUGAGGAGGACGGUGAAUGCAAAGAUGUAUACGUUCCUGUUGUUCAUUGUGAACUGGGGCUUGACGGUUCUGGUGGCGUAUAUCACAAUGCUUGUUAUGGCCGGUGAAAGCUUGGGAGAAGGCAUUGUGGUGUUGCCGUUGACGAUUAUACUGACGAUGCCGACUAUUCGAGGGUUGUUUGUGGAGAACCCUCCCUUUGGAAUCUUGCUUGACAACCUCGGCCUCGUUCUACAAAUGAUUGUGGUCGCUCUGUGCAGCGUUCUUAUUUUGAUUCCGAGUGUCUUGAAAAAGAAACCUUACAGCUCGAUGCCAACGAAGGAAUUUUGA